AUGAGAUUUGGAAGGCGGGGAAAACUAAGUCCUCGCUAUAUUGGGCCUUAUGAAAUCGUGAAGCGUGUUGGCCCAGUAGCUUACAGGCUUACUUUACCUUCAGAUCUUUCCCGGUUGCACGAUGUGUUUCAUGUUUCAAUGCUCCGGAAGUACAUUUCUGAUCCUUCUCAUGUUUUGGAGGAACAACCAACAGAAUUGCAAGAAGAUUUGACUUAUGUGGAGAUCCCACUUGUGAAGGUCUUGUGGAGAAGUCAUACUGUGGAAGAGGCUACAUGGGAACCUGAGGACCAAAUGCGGGAACAGUACCCUUACCUCUUCAAGUGA